UUGCCAUUAUAUCAACAUAAAGUGUGGUCACAUGAAUUCAGUAAAUGUUACGUUAAAAGAUAUAAGGAAGAUAGUCCGACCUUUUGCUUAUCGGGCAGUUCAUAUAUAAUUGAAACAUGUUAUAACGAAAAACGACUUAUUUGUCCUGCACCAUAAUAUUUUUUGUCUAUCGGAAAGAUGUAAAAAUCGGCCUUAAAGUUUUUACUAUCAAAAUGAAAAGUCUUUACCCUGUUUAUUACACUAUGUGAUAAGAUCACUUCACACCCACACAUACAUACAAACAUACCGAUAAUGCGUGUGUGUUUUUAUUGUCAACCUAUUAGACUGGCCACAUUUCUUCUGAUCAAAAUAUAAUAUUUUUAGUUCAUAGUUCUUUAGUUGAAAAUUAGGAAAAAACAUUGGAACAAAAUGAAAGUAAAUGCAAUUCUUCCCUUCGACGCUGAACUAUUGAAGGUGACAAUUUCCUUGAGGCAACUCGAAGAAAUCUCUAAAGAAAUUUCAUCGCGUGGUAAAGUAAGUGGUCUCAAUGAGGUGGUCUGGGCACUGAAGGCACUAACACUUACCGAUCUUACCACGUUGGCCGGUGAUGAUACUGAGGCUAAUGUACGACGACUUUGUCAUAGAGCUGCCUAUCCAUUCCCUUUGCAUUUAUUGGAGAAUUGUGUGGAGCCCAGUUUAUUAAAACAAAUCCACACUGGAGCUGUAUGUGUUUAUCCAGCAAGAGUUGCGGACGCCCAACGUUGUUUUGAACAAUUGAAAGCGAAUGUACCAAUUGCAGCUGUAGCAACAGGUUUCCCCACCGGCCAGUAUGGCUUGAAAACGCGCUUAGAGGAAAUAACAUUUGCUAUUGAAUCGGGUGCCAAGGAAAUUGAUAUUGUCAUAAAUCGUCAAUUGGCAUUGACGGGACAAUGGAAGAAGCUAUACGAUGAAGUGUGUGAAAUGCGUAAGGCCUGUGGGGAUAAGGCUCAUUUAAAAACUAUUUUGGCCAUAGGAGAAUUGGGAUCUAUGGAAAAUGUAUACAAAGCUUCUAUGGUUUGUAUGAUGGCUGGUGCUGAUUUCAUUAAAACAUCCACCGGCAAAGAAUCUGUAAAUGCCACAAUACCCGUUGGUCUGGUAAUGAUAUGGGCUAUACAAGACUUUCAAAGAAAAACAGGACAUAUUGUUGGCCUUAAACCAGCCGGUGGUGUGCGCACCGUACGUGAAGCUAUUACAUGGAUGACUUUGGUUAAGGAAACCUUAGGAAAUCAAUGGUUGCAACCUGCCCUAUUUCGUUUUGGUGCCUCUGGUUUAUUAGACGACAUUGAAAAGGUAGUACGCAAAGGUUUAACAGGCGAAGAAGUCAAAUCUGGACCAGUGGCAGCCUAUUAAAUAUGACGUGCAAUUAGUGUUUUGUUUAUAAUUUCGUUUGUUAUAUUUGUAAAGUAAAUGUAAUUUUUGUGUUCUACUAAAUAUUAUACAUUACAAAUAUAUUUGGAUCAUUAAAGAAGUUGUGUAUAUAUGUACAUUUUAUAAGUUAAA